AUGGUUUUUAUACUAGGUGUUAACUUCAAUGAGGGCCAAUUGGUCCAGAAAGCCCUCCAGGCCUUUUAUGGCCUUGGUCCGAAUGCAUCCAGCAGAAUUAUGGCCAAAUACUCCAUUCACAAACUCGCCAAAGUCGGAUCUCUUGCGCCACGAACAGUCACGUCUCUCACAGCCGAACUGGGCCAGAUGACAGUAGGCUCUGAUGCAAGAAAGUUGGUUCAGGACAAUAUCAAGCGCUUAAAAGACAUGGGAACAUAUAGAGGCAGAAGGCACGCCAUGGGAUUGCCUGUCCGUGGUCAACGCACAAGAAACCAAACUUCGACGGCCAACAAGCUCAAUAGAGUCGACAGACGAUGA